AGUUUCACUUUCAGAGAAAACGAAAGUUAGCCGGAGCAGCCAACGAUGGCAGAAAGCUGCGGGUCAGACAUUUUCCGGUGCUCCAUCUGUUUGGAUGAACUGAACCACCCGGUGACCCUUCACUGCGGACACAGCUACUGUCAGGAGUGUGUGAACGCCUUCUGGGACCAGGGCAACCAGAAGGGAAUUUACACAUGUCCCCAGUGUGUCCACUCCUUCAACCCAAGACCCGUCCUGGGCAAGAACAUAGUGCUGGCGGAUGCGAUGGGGAAAAUGUCAAAAGAAGAAGCCAAAGCUGCUGCUGCUGCUGCUGAGGGGGACGAGGUUGUCCCCGGGGACGUGGCGUGUGAUGUCUGCACCGGGAGGAGGUUGAAGGCCGUGAAGUCCUGCCUGGUGUGUCUGGCCUCGUACUGCUCCACUCACCUGCAGCCCCACUACCAGUCUAAAGCCUUCAAGAGGCACAAGCUGGUGGAGGUGUCCGCCUCCUUGCAAGACAAGAUCUGCCCCAAGCACGACAAGCUGCUGGAGGUCUUCUGCCGCAGCGACGGCCACUGCAUCUGUCUGCUGUGUGUGAUGGACGAGCACAGAAGUCAUGACACCGUCUCGGCUGCAGCGGAGAGGGAAGACAGACAGAAACAAUUUGGAAAGAAGAAACAUAGGUAUCAGCGGGGAAUUCACGAGAAAGAGAAGAAGCUGCAGCAACUGAGACAGAAGAUUGAUUCCCUCAAGGUGAAUGUUACCGGUUAUUUUUUUCCUGAAACCAUUUCCUUUACAGGAACUGAGAUUAUUCCUAAUGUCUUUGCAACAUAUCAGAGCUCUGGAGAUGCAGCGGUGCAGGAGGCAGACAGGGUCUACACUGAAAUUGUCCGGACGGCGGAUAUGAAGCUUCGCGCUGUGAAGCAGGGGAUCAGAGUCGAGGAGAAGGCUGGGGUUAGCCGAGCCGGGGCGCUGGUGGAUCGGCUGGAGAGGGAGAUCUCUGAGCUGAGGAAGGGAGAGGACGCACUGAAGCAGCUGUCGCUCACUGAGGAUCACAUUCAUUUCCUGCAGAGCUCCCAGCCCGUUUUCAACUGUCCAGAACCUGAUGAGUCUCCAGAUUUCAACAUCAACCUGGACACAUCUUUUGACUUUAUGACAAAGGCCAUCUGUACUUUGAAAGAUCAAAUGGAAAACAUCACACAGGGAAUUGCAGAAAUAACUGAGACAAUUCAAGCUGAUCCGAUGAAAAGAGAAGAGUUCCUCCUGUAUCUCUGCAGCCUCAGUUUGGAUCCCAACACAGCAUUUGAAAACCUAAUGCUUUCUGAUGGAAACCGCAAGGUAACCUGGAUUAAAAGGGCUCAGCACCGCCCCGACCAUCCGGAGAGAUUCACCGAAUACGAUCAAGUGUUGUGCACUGAAGGUUUAUCCGGCGUGUGCUACUGGGAGGUCGAGUGGAAGGGGCCCAGGGUUGAGGUCGCUAUGUGCUACAAAGGGCCAGAGCUGCAAGAGAAUUGCUUUGGAUACACAGACCAGUCCUGGAGCGUUUCCCUCUCAACAUCUAGUUGCACCUUCUGGCACAAUGAAGUCAAAACUAAGAUAUCUGUGCCCUGCUCCGUUACUGUAGGAGUGUAUCUGAACCACGAGGCCGGGAGCCUGUCCUUCUACAGCGUCUCUGAUUCUGGUCAAAUGAUGCUCCUUCACAGAGUUCAGACCACAUUCUCCAAGCCUCUGUACCCCGGGUUCAUGGUCUCCAGAGGUUCGUCUGUUAAAAUACGUGCACCAAAGUAAAGGGUUGCUUCAGGGAACUAUCUUUGAACAAAAUUUCGUUUAGCUUUGUGCAGUUUUUUUUUGUCAGAAUUCACUGUUGAACCUUUUCAUUUGCACAUUAUUCCUACUUUAAAUGUUUC